GGUGCGGCUGUCGGUCAGAAGAUGUCCGCACGCUUCCGGGUCUCGGUGCGUGCUCAAACAGUCAGUGUUGGAACGUUCGCUCCUGGACCGUUAAACCGCCUCGUUGCAAGCAACAACAACAACAACAACAUCGGAAGAGGAGCCGGAACCGGAGCCAGGCGGUCGAGCUUGGGCUGAGCCGAUACGAAGGAGAGAGCGAUCCAUCUUGCAUCUUUCGCAUCAGGAUUACUAACAAAUCUAAGGCAAUUUCUGAAUGGCCUUAUAAAACGUGGCAGGUUUUAAAAAGUAACUCAUGGUACAGGUCUGAAGUGAAGGCCAGGGUGGAGAUGUGCCUCAAAAGAGAAAAAGGCUGCUGCUAAACAAAGAAUGCCAACCAUUGGGAGGGUAAAACUAUACUGGAUUUUGAAGUCUGGUAAUUCCAUCCAACAAUUGAAUCUUGAUCAUUUUGCCUCAGGAGGAAGAUGAACUUCAAAAUUUGAAGAAAGAGGAGGGGGUCAAAAGCUGGGCUCCGGAAAUCCUCUCCACCACCCGCAAGGCAAGCCAGACGUGUGAUGGAGUAUUCUUGACUUGUCAGGGUGGAUGCAACUGUAAUUACACCUGAAAAGCUCAACAUCUCCCAGGUUCACUGGUGUCCUUUCUGCUAGACUUUGUUUAUAUCUGCCUUUACUCAGACUCUAGAAUUGGCUGCCCAGCUGGCUAUGUAUAGCACUAUCUAGAUGGUAUGCUGUCUGUUGAUCAGUUGGAUAACAAGCCAUACCCAUGGAACCCGACAAUGAUAUUGCACUGGAUAUUUUGAUAACAAACGUAGUCUGUGUCUUUAAAACAAGAUGUCAUUUAAAUCUCCGGAAGAUUGCACUGGAAGGAACAAAUGUGAUCUAUAAAAGAGAUGUUGGAAAAGUGUUAAUGAAACUGAGGAAACCCAGGAUAACAGCCACGAUCUGGUCUUCAGGGAAAAUUAUAUGCACUGGAGCCACGAGUGAAGAAGAUGCAAAAACCGGUGCUCGAAGAUUAGCCCGCCUUCUGCAGAAACUGGGUUUUCAGGUAAAAUUUGCUGGCUAUAAAAUUGUCAAUGUCCUGGCUGUAUGCACAAUGCCAUUUGAAAUCAGGCUACCAGAAUUCACAAAAAGAAAUCGGCCGAUUGCAAGCUAUGAGCCAGAACUGCAUCCUGCAGCAUCUUAUAGAGUUAAAGCGUUAAAAGCUACACUUCAAAUUUUUUCCACAGGCAGUAUAACAAUAACAGCACCCAGCAUACAGUGUGUUGCGACUGCAGUGGAGCAAACCUAUCCUUUAAUCUUUGAAUCCCGAAAGAUGAUUAAAUAACCAUUCCUAUUCUGGGACCAUCCUUUUGGCUAUUGAAUAGAUGACUACAAAGACCAGUUUUACCAUAUAAUAAUUCUGGGAAUGGACAUACAGUAAAUGAGAGACUGUGAGAAGCUUCUAACAAUGUAUGAACACAAUGCAAAUGUAUUCAUAUUGGGAUGUUAAUAUUGUUUUAUUGUGAACUGUUUACAUGACAUGAUGCUGCUGUUUUUCUUGGGAGAGCUCUUUUAGUCUGUGCAGUAAGGGAAACAAGAUUGUAAAAUGUGCACUACAUUUAAAGUUGAACCAUUUUUUCUGGUUGAGCUUUUUGUUUUAUUGUGAGGUCUUUUUUAAAAAAUAAAUUUAUGCUGUAUAUGAAAACCAAAGAUGCCACCAAUAUCACUGUUCAUUUGGUUGAAGUGUUUAAAUAAAAAUUAAUAGAUGUGUAUUUAAUUUUAUGCAAGAACCCCUGCCAUCACCCAUAGUUUCUUUUAAAACGUAUAAAUUGAGGAAUCAAUUUAGUAUUCAUGAAUAAACCCAAAACAUUAUUUGGGCAAUGGGUUUUGACCAACAAAUCUUUGCAAGUAAUAGUUGUGCUUAAAACUAAAUUCCCGUUUCGUAGUGAUUAAAAAUUUCAGGUAUACAUGGACGGAGUGUUCAUUUUUAAAAUCAAUAUUUUAUGUGCUAAUUAAAAAUGGAGGGUUCCUAAAAAUUGAAGUCGUCACAUUCUAUUAAUUUUUUAAAACGCUAGUGCAUCAAACCUUUUGAAAAUUGUAAGAUAUUGACAAAUUAUUUAACUAUUUGCAUGAUUGCUUGUUGAUCUUACAUUUUAAAAUUGAUCAACUAAGCUAAGAACUUCAUAUACAGCACCAUCUAAUGGAUCAAAAAGGCAGUGUAAAGUUGUUUUAUUAAAAUAGUUAAAUGCUGUGAUGCAUACCAUUUAUCAUAAACAUUGGAAAUGUGUCAAAACAUCGUAACAAAUGUUGCAUUAAUAUUCUAAGCCAAUCCCUUAGGAAACAUUUCUGUAUUUGAAAAAAAUCUUUCAUGGGACUAGAACUAAAUAGCCCAUAAUGCUGCAGACGGUGAAUUUAAACAGGAACCUCACCCCCCCACAGAAUAAAGAGAAUCUCACUGAUGUUGGUGAGUUCCUGUGUUUUUUUUUUAUUUUUGUUUGCUGUCAACUUAGGUGUACCUUUUGAGUUAUGAAUAUUUCAUACUCCAGAAAGAAAGCCAGUGACAACCAAUCACCAGUGAGAUUUAUUCUCUAAACCCAGAUUUAUUUUGUCUAUUGUUUUAAUAAAUACUGAAUUGAAAGUGUUUUGAUGCGCAGCUUUGAUUUGAAUGUUUUAAUGUACCUAUUAACAAGAAAUUACUUACGUAACUUUAAAAAAAAAAAGAUGGUAUGGACCCAUCACCAUUUCUAAAGGAAAAAGUCAAUGCUUACGGUUUGCUGCAUAAUAAACAUUUGAUAAUACAGUAUUUCAUGAGAUUUAAUGAUCUAAAAUGAAAACAAAGCUUGCAUUCUGUAAAUUACUAAGCUUGAAACUCUUGACUUUGUGCUGUAGAAUGCAUACUGCAGUAUAGCAAUGAACCUAUUCUUGAUUUGGCUCCUCUUUUUCCCAGCUGAAUAUUUAUUCCUCAGGUUGCAUGUCCAUCCUCAUGAGCUUGGCAAGUAGCAUCUGUUUGAUAUAAGAAUACAAUUGAAUUUGAAAUAUGACUUCAUCAUUGUGAUUGCAAGGUAAUUCACAAACAAAAAUAUUCAAUUGGAUGUUACUUUAUUUAAAUUAACAUCAAAAUUCACAUUAAACAUAAUCCUCUGAGUAUUGGAUAGCACUUCUGAAUAACCCAUUUUUUUGUUCUACGUUUUCUGUAAAUUUUCAAUCCUGGACAAAAUUGUAGAUGGAUGUAUGCAACGGUAACAUAUCAAUUUACAAUAUUCUCCCAAUAAAUGUAGACCUGAA